UCUGCCACUGUACCCCAAACUUAGUGACAAGAGCUCCUUGUCAUUGUCCAGCUCCAAGAUGGUAUCCCGUAAGGCUGUGGCUGCUCUGCUGGUGGUGCAUGCAGCUGCCAUGCUGGCCUCCCAGACGGAAGCCUUCGUCCCCAUCUUCACCUAUGGCGAACUCCAGAGGAUGCAGGAAAAGGAACGGAAUAAAGGGCAAAAGAAAUCCCUGAGUGUAUGGCAGAGGUCUGGGGAGGAAGGUCCUGUAGACCCUGCAGAGCCCAUCAAGGAAGAAGAAAACGAAAUGAUCAAGCUGACUGCUCCUCUGGAAAUCGGAAUGAGGAUGAACUCCAGACAGCUGGAAAAGUACCCGGCCACCCUGGAAGGGCUGCUGAGUGAGAUGCUUCCCCAGCACGGCAAGUUUUAG